CGAUUCUCUUGGUGAAUGAUUUUCAUUUUAGUGCCGUGUAAUAUGUCAUGCAACUCCCAAUCACGUCCGGGAAUCCCAAAUGAAAAGACAAACAAAUUGGUCAAAUCAUUUCUCCUCUUGUGGCUAUUUCAUUUGGCAACUGUCUUGUCGGCAUCAGCAGGUUACUGCAGGCAAGAUAAUGGUCGAUUACCGUUGAUUGGAAAUAGCCCGAUGACGUACGGGCCAGUAGGAACGCCGCUAACUGGCAACAUACUAGAUGCACCAGCACUCGUCGCCACUUCACUCGGCCCGUUGACCGCCAAUAGCCGCCCCGUUAGGAGAGUCCCUUAUGUUUCUAACACCUGCGGAGGCUCCGGGACCGGGAAUAUCCCCCUGUCGUUUGAUCGACUUUUGCCGUACAAAUCGACUCAUUUCCCGUCGAGACGCGAUUACCCGAUGCUCUGCGUUUGGAAUUUCACGGUGCAACACGACGACUGUCGUCGGGCUCGACUGACUAUGCGAGUGGACGGACGGAGUCGAUUGCCGGAUGUGGACGGAUGCAGCAAAGGAUAUUACACGGUUUCACCCAACAUGAGGGGCGCGGGCGCCAGAAUUUGCGGACAUUAUGUUGGUGAUGUUCCGGCCUUCCAUUGGUACGUGGACGCCUACCAACCGGAAAAUGAGGUCACAGUUGUCACGAUGAAGAAUUUGGGCAUCAACGACGGAUUCUCUGAAGGACUUUCGUUUACCCUCCAAGGCGAAUGUGCAGAGGAAGAAUCGUCGUAUGCCCGAACGACGACUGUCAACAAGAAGAACGCCAGAUUGAAUCGGCGCUGGAUGAAUCGAGUCAUGGAAGACUACCUGGCCGGAGAAGGACCCAGAGUGACCGUCAACCGUGUCAAACUGCCAGUAACGAGCACUACUUAUCCAGCCCCAACAACCACCACCACCAGCCGACCCAAACUGGAUCAUCCAGUUGUCCCAUCCAAUAACAAUUACUCUGGUGGCAUCCAGUGGCUCCAUUUGAAAUCGCCCGCCGAUCUUCAUUCGCCCAAAAUUCACCAGAAAUCAGCGAUUGCCAAAUUCCAGCCACCUCAAGUCGUGAACGAAACGAAUCAGCCAAUCGUUUCCAUCAGCACAAUUUCCAGUGAAUUGGAAUAUCCCGCCACCACCACCAGCGUCCCAUUAGAGUCGACAAUUGAACCAGAAAAGAGAUGAGCAGCAGCACCUGUCCAACAAACGACCAAUCCACUGACCCAUUUUACCUGACGACGACCUCCACACCUCUGGUAAUGACCAGCACGACGGAUAAUGACGACCUUAUCUUAACCACUUCAUCAACUGAUGACCCGUUGACGACACCGUCCAGCACGACGGAGAUAACAACCACUUUAACAGCAGAGUCCAGCAGCAGCCCCUUGUCUGAUGUUGUUGUUGCGUCAACAAUAACAACCCAACAACCGCCCAUCAGCAUUUCCCAUGUCGUCACCCCCAGCGGUCAGAAAUUGGCAUUCAACAGGUUUCAAACAUUCCAGAGACGUUUUCUGAAAUUCCUGAAAAUCUUUUAUUUAUUUUAAUUAUUUCUUGUUAUUGCAUUUGUUAUAUCGGUGGUAAUAAA